GGGAGGACCAGUGGCCGUGAUGGCGGCGCGGGGAGCGAGCGCUGCGGGCCCAUGAGGUGGCCCUCCGGCCCUCCAGCGCGCGCUUCCGACACGAGGCCGGCUUCCCAUGAGCCAGGCCAUGGCGGGCGUCUUCGACAUCGACCUGGACCAGCCUGAAGAGGCGGCCUCGGACGAGGAGCUGGAGGAAGGGGGUCACUUAAGCGAGAGCAUGGACCAUGGAGGAGUUGGCCCGUACGAACUCGGCAUGGAGCAUUGUGAAAAAUUUGAGAUUUCGGAAACGAGUGUAAACAGAGGCCCGGAAAAGAUUCGUCCGGAAUGCUUUGAGUUGCUACGUGUUCUUGGGAAAGGUGGCUAUGGGAAGGUUUUUCAAGUCCGGAAAGUGACGGGAGCGACCACUGGUAAGAUUUUUGCCAUGAAGGUGCUUAAAAAGGCAAUGAUUGUAAGGAAUGCAAAAGACACUGCUCACACGAAAGCAGAGCGGAACAUCUUGGAGGAAGUAAAGCAUCCAUUCAUCGUCGACUUGAUUUAUGCCUUUCAAACUGGAGGAAAACUCUACCUCAUCCUUGAGUAUCUCAGUGGAGGAGAACUGUUCAUGCAGCUAGAGAGAGAGGGGAUAUUUAUGGAAGACACAGCCUGCUUCUACUUGGCUGAAAUCUCCAUGGCUUUGGGGCACCUGCAUCAGAAGGGGAUCAUCUAUCGCGAUCUGAAGCCGGAAAACAUCAUGCUCAAUCAUCAAGGUCAUGUUAAGCUGACUGAUUUUGGACUGUGCAAAGAAUCCAUUCACGAUGGAACCGUCACGCACACAUUCUGUGGAACAAUAGAAUACAUGGCCCCUGAAAUCUUGAUGAGGAGCGGGCAUAACCGUGCAGUGGACUGGUGGAGUUUGGGGGCAUUAAUGUAUGACAUGCUGACUGGAGCACCCCCGUUCACUGGGGAGAACCGGAAGAAAACGAUUGACAAGAUUCUCAAAUGUAAACUGAAUUUGCCUCCCUACCUCACGCAAGAAGCCAGAGAUCUGCUCAAAAAGCUGCUAAAGAGAAAUGCUGCCUCACGUCUAGGAGCUGGUUCUGGAGAUGCUGGAGAAGUUCAGGCUCAUCCUUUCUUCAGACACAUUAACUGGGAAGAGCUGCUGGCUCGGAAGGUGGAGCCUCCGUUUAAACCAUUAUUACAAUCUGAAGAAGAUGUGAGCCAGUUUGAUGCAAAGUUUACACGUCAGACUCCCGUCGAUAGCCCGGACGACUCGACUCUCAGCGAAAGUGCCAACCAGGUCUUCCUGGGUUUUACGUAUGUGGCUCCAUCCGUACUUGAAAGCGUGAAAGAGAAGUUUUCCUUUGAACCAAAAAUCCGAUCACCUCGCAGAUUCAUUGGUAGCCCGCGGACACCCGUCAGCCCCAUCAAGUUCUCUCCUGGGGACUUCUGGGGACGAGGUCCUUCCACCGGGGUGGCGAACCCUCAGGCACCUGUGGAGUACCCCAUGGAGACGGGUGGGGUCGAACAGAUGGACGUAACCGUGUGCGGCGAGGCCUCCGCUCCCCUCCCCAUCCGGCAGCCGAACUCCGGGCCGUACAAGAAGCAAGCCUUCCCUAUGAUCUCCAAACGACCAGAGCACUUGCGCAUGAAUCUAUGACGAAAUGGGCGGCAGUCCGUUCCGAACCGGCUUGGGCGGCAGGAGGACGCAAGGACAGCCCCUCCCCCAUCACGCUAAAAUAUGAGGGCUCUUGUGUCUUCUUUCUCAGUGACAGUAUCCAAGUAGAACCAUUGCAUAGAAUGGACUCAGAAAGAAGAGCAACACACAAAACCACAGAUCCCCUCUUCCCCCCCCCCACCUUUCCUUCUUGCUCCUCUGAUCAAUGGUGCAUACGGACCUGAGCAGAACGGUAUCGCAUAACUCUCCAGGUGCAGUGGGUAGCACAGAUUGUAGGGGGACAUCUUCUCCGCUCUUCUCUCCAGGAUCUUUCAGGUUGCGAGCUUGAAGCUGUGACAGUAUUGAGGGUAGGAUGUUGCCCCAGGGGCCGUUCUGUUGGAGGGCUGGCUCGUUUUCACGAGGCUAUGUGCGGCUGUGCCUCCUCCGAUGCGUGCAUCCGAGGGUUAAUUCGCAUGCAGGCUUCUCUGGGAUGGCUUCCUGUGGUUGUGUGGAUGUGAAGAUCCAACAUAAACUCAACCAUCGGUGUUCCAAGUGCAAAAACAAUCUGAAUGAGGGUGGGUUUUUUGGGUUUUUAAAAAAAUCUCUCUCUCUCUCUCUCUCUCUCUCUCUCUCUCUCUCUCUCUCUCUCUCUCUCUAUAUAUAUAUAUAUUUAUAUUUCCCCCCCCAAUAGGUUUCUCUCCCCUCCCCCCCCUUUAUUUCAAGUUGGUUCAUAAUAGAAAGUCUCCCAGAUUUGGAAGAUACAGAAUUAUUGGUUUAAUGCAGCAACAAGAAGAGCAGGUUUAAGUAAGUGUGUGUGUGUGCUAGUGAAACAAUGAAGUGGUUAAAAAAAAUCACUGUUAAUUAUGUUGUUUGAGAUGACGGGCGAGAAUUGGCCCUGCCCUACCUUCUUUAGAUGCCUCUUCUGCUACAAGAAGCAGAUCAGACCAGGCGGUUGUCGAUGUUAAAACCUCAGCUGAUUGGGAAGCCAUGGGCUCUCAGGCAGUGCCCCGGCGGUUCACGUGAAGCUGCAUACGAGCAGGGGGUUUUCUCCCUGCCUGCACAGAACUCCGGCGCUGGGUUGAUAAGCACUCUCUUGCAUUUCAUCAUGCUAAGCAGAAAUCUGCUGGCGAGAGCCCUUCGCUCUUGGGUUUUAUGCCAGUUUAUAAUUUGCUCCCAACACCAAUUGUUAAGUCUUUGAAAAGGGUUAUGAUGAACUCAAAUGCAGGGGGGGGGGAGGUAACCAGGGUGAUGAUGUGAUUGCUACAGCGGACUCGGUCAAUGUUUUGGGGUUUUGUUUUUUACCUUGAUGCUGGCUCAGCUCAGCGGCAACCCAUGGCGAGAUGGUUCCAUCCCGUGCUCCCUUACGCAUUUCCAGGAUAAAUUCCGAUCAUUUCUUUCCCUGUGCUGUGGCAAUCAGUCUGCUGAUUUGUAUUUAAAAAAAUAAACACAAAACGAAACCAAGUAUUAAGAUGGCCUUCAACGAAUGUCUUCCAGAGAAUUUUUUUGCAGCUUGAUUUUAGGCAACGUUCAAAAGGUUGACUAUUUAUGUUUCUGCUGUUAACAGAAGAGAAAAAACAGAAUCUGUACAAAUUCUGUACAACAGAAAAAAAGAAUCUGUACAAAUGACUUUACAGGUACAAAGAAUGAAUAAAGGUAUCUUUACCUUAACUUAAAUACUUCCUGCCUUAAAGAAGCAUUUCCAUGGACAUAGCAGGAGAAAAAAUGGACUGUCAAACGUUAGUGUUAGUAUAGAGCGUACAGAUGUUUGUGGGCACUUGGUGUAUCACGUCCUGGCAGUUCUCUUUUCCUGCUUGUUCCUCGUUGUGUUCUGCUGUCUGUGUGCAAAUUCUGCUAUUGUAGAAAUAAUACUUCUCCGCCUUUGUUUAGAUUCUCAUAUUGAGCCAUAGGAUCCAAGCCAUAAACUCUUAAAAAGAAAAACAAACCUAGUCAGAAGCUCCACCUUCCACACUGUAGCACUGCAUGAGGGACAUUUUAGUAGGAUUUAACCCAGUGGGUUGGAUCCAAAAGGCUGCUUUACUCUUUUCCCCUCAGAUUCCCCCCCCCCCCCGGCAAUCUCCAGUGCUAUUCGAAAGGGUCUUCCGGCCCUUGGGAGUAGCUUUUGGUGGGGCACAGGGGGGUAGAGAAAGAGGAGGGGCAUAACCGAGAAUGGGAAUUGGUUUGUGGUUGUCUGGAUCCAAGCCAUUUUGCCUACACUUUUCUCCAUUAUUUUGUCGUAGCAGCGUUUUAGGGGACAGUCCAGCAAGAUCAGUUGGAAAACAACGCGACCAAAUUGUAACUUCAACCCCGUUGGUUUCAGAUUGAUGCCGAAUCUCACGUUAGCUUUGAGGUAGGGGCUCUGUUUUCGCCCUGUGGUGCAAAGCGGUGUCACUCCAGACAUAUGUUGGUAUGUCUGAAUUGUAGGAGAGCAGAGAGAAAAAUGGCGUCUCAGUGUUCGUUGAUAGAAACCAGUCGCUACAUGUUUCAAGGCAAGAAGACCUCUUCUUCAGGGGGAAGUCUGUAUCGAACGCAGUGCAAAACCUGUUGAAAGGUGGGUUUUUUGCACUGUGUUGGAUAAAGGCCUUCCCCUGGAGAAGAGAUCGCAUUGCCACCAAAUGCAUUGGGACUUGUUUCUCUAAACAGAGUUGUGUGCCAUUUUUUCCUCUGCUCUGAUGUGGUGCCUCUGAAUUGUACUCGCUAUACCAGUGUGCACCCCUCCAAAAACCCUAGGUUGCUGUUGCUUCUAGCCCUGAGUAUCACCAGUGUGAUGCCGACCUGCCAGUAUUACUGGAGUCCUGCAGGAAGCUCACCAUGGGGAACGUAGCGGCCACGCUUCACGAGCAAAAUGUAAAUCCUGCCUUAAGCUGGUUCAGACCCCUUCCCAGUGGAGAAUCCUCCAAGCAUCAUGGCCGUGCGGCUGCCCGCUCUGUCUGAACGUUGUAGGCAUGGACGCUUCAUUCAUGUGCUGCUUCUCCUGCCCCUUGGAAGAGCAAUAAUCUCAGGAGUUGUGGAGUCGCUAACACUAGCCAGGUCCACAAAGGUUGGCCAUGGUUACUCUCUCAGGGGUACAAAGGCUCGUUGUGGUUCUUGGCAUCAUAGUUGAUAGCCCUCUAGAGAUGGCAAAGAGGCAGUGGCAUUGCUGCACUUCGAGUGCUGGGGGUCUUAUCACCCCUCCCUGACCCCUACCCCCCAAACAAUUGUGGUCGAACUGCAGUCAUUGGAGGACGUGCCUGCCAAUGGUCAUUUCCAGCCCUCUGACAUCAAUGAGAUUUUAUUGUCGUCCUUGUGCGUUGCCGCAAGCCCGAUGGUCUGGGUGGUAAAAGCAUGAGGAGCGGCCCUCCAGCUGGCUCCUGUCCUGUAUGAACUCACUGCAUCACACCCAACUGGGCGAAGGGUUCUUGUCUGUUCCACCAUGUGAGGACUGUUGUUGGCUGGCUGAAGUGCCUAAACCAGGCCUUGGUCAGGACUGUUGGUUCCUGGAUUCACCCCAUGUGUGUUAGCAUCUCUGGAAGGCUUUUAGGGCUGGCUUUUCACUCUUUUAGUUCUAGGGCAGUGGGCUAGGCACCAGUUCGUCCUCUAAAACAGCGAAAUGCAAGUUGUCACCAAGUCUGUCUAGAACAGGCCUGCUCAACUUUGCCCCUUUGCCCAGUUCUUUUUGGACCACAACUCCCAUGAUCCCCAGCCACAGUGGCCAGUAUCCAGAGAUGAUGGGAGUUGUAGGCCAACAUCUGCAGGAGGGCCGAAGUUGAGCCACCCUGGUGUAGAAGUGUUGGGGUAAUGGCUGGAGCUUUAGUUAAGUUCGUUGUGAACGUGAGAAAUCAUCAGGUGUAAUUUUCUGGGGACAGCUCAUGUCGAAGCAGGCAGUGAUAACUGAGCCUAACUUUCAGGAGAGUUUGUCGAUGAAUUCUCAUAGUGGGGAGCUUUCCACUCACCCCAAAGGGAUUUCGCCUCCCAUGAUGCUCGGUUGUGCUCGGGCUAGAUCCUGCAGGAUUAGCUCUGAUGGCUGGCAGAAAAUGUCAGGCGUUUCCAUUUCAUUCUCUCUCCUGGCCCAUUUCACUAGGAGUCCACUUAGCAUUUCGUUUUCAUCCUCUUAACUGUGAAACCUUUUCUGGAAGCUCGACUCGGGACAGGAAGCACACUAUGCAAUAUGGGUUCUCCUGUAUUUAUUUGUAUAAAAAUAAUUUUUUCCCUGUAUAUAACUACUAGUGUCAAUAUAUUAGUCACAGAACUUCAAAAGGAGCAGAAUUCUAUCUCUUGUACAGAAGGGAGGCUAGCGUAUGGAAUGCAAUGGAUAUUGGAGGACUUAAGUGCUUUCUUUUAAAGAAAAAUUGUCUUAAAAGUUUUCAUUAGGAUAUUGUAAUUCAGAUUUAUUUUGUACAAGCUGUGCUUUUUUAAUUAUAUCUUGGGACUUUGGUAUGAUUUGAUUUUUAUAGAUUUUGUAUCAUUAUAUUAAAAGGAAAAAAACCCGCAAAAAUGACAGGGAUGAAUACCUGCUGAGGCAAACCAUGUGUUAAGUAUUAAAUCUUGAUAACUUGAACCGUGUUUUAUCUCCACGAGAUCCAUGGUGUUGGAAAGGCGAGUUAAGAGCUCGCUUACCCUGUGGGGUAUGUUUGGGGCCAAGGUGUUUCCUUUGGAAUAGAGGGUGCAUUUAAUUCAGUAAUCUCUAGGAGUUUGGGGUGGGUUCCUUCUCAUGCUGUGUGUGCGCGCCAGCUGACGUUAGACCGCAUUGGGCGUUAACUUGCUUUGUAGCACCAGUUAUGGAAUACAAAUCCAUGUCUGCAGUAUUCUCUUGUCUGGUACGCCAGCUCUGCCAGCCAAUCAACUACGCACCUGCUGUUCCUUGCCUCAAAUCCUAAUGGUCACCUUUAGAAAAUGGAGGAUGCCCAGAAUUGCAAUGAAGUAUGGCUUGAGGCUACGAGAAGAAGAGGUGGUCAACAGAGAACCAUUGGGAAUUCGAAAGGCAGCAGAAUCGGGCACCUCACCCCUUUUUCAACGACUGUAGCCAUAAGCAGAUUUUCAAGCUGAUAUGAUAUAUACCCACUGGCAAAUGAUUAUCAAUGCUAAGGCCAUAUUUUUAGAAAACCCUUGAGUAUUAGUGUCUGAAAUGUGCAAAACUAUGUUGAACGGAAUCAGGAUUUUUUCACACACACACACCCACACACACACACCCCGAUUCUUUUACCAACGUAUUUUGCACAUUUCAGGUACUAAUCUUUAAGGGCUUUGUUGUUGUUUUUUAAAUGGCCCUAUAGUAGGAGAUGUUUUCUUGCCAGUGGGUAUAUAGAAUAUCAACUUGAAAAUUUGCUUAUGGCUACAAUCAUUGAAAAAGGGGUAACAGACCUGAUUCUGUUACCCUUGGAAUUUCCCCGUGGCUAUCUAGUGAGGAAUAGGGUUGGAUUUGUGAAUUGGUUCCCUUUUCUGACUUCAGGAUAAUUUAGGACUUUGAUAAGUACAGCAGGAAGGGGAACGGCUGUCCUCAGCAUGAUAAAAUGUGAUCAGCUGCUACGUUAACCCAUAACGUCCUCUGGUGCAAAUCCAACCAAGCAUCCAUUCACUCCUGUGAAAUGAACAGAGACGUGGCAGUUGCCGUGAACAUCAUGAAACCAGUAUAGUGUGUGUUCAGUUCAGCAUCCAUUUGGGGCUUAGCAGCUCUCUCCCCAAAGCUUUGGGGCGAGAAUUCAGACUUCUUUCCCCUCUGCCUUGGUUGUGAACCCUGCCAAUAUCUUCAGAGUGCCGCAUUUUUUGGCAUCCCAGCAUCGGAUCCGUUUGGGGGAGGGGAGUGCUGGAUAAAAGGGGUGUUGAGUGUGUGCGUGUGGUGGUUCCCAUCUGUACGUUUUGUUCUUUCUGCCAGACUCCGCCUAGCUCUAUAGCGCUCUGAAAGAAUUGGACUCAACAGCUGCCUUACUAGGAAUGGUAUGAGGGAGGAAUGCCCUCUUCUGCAUUUCAUUCUGUACUAUUUACUGUAAUGAAAAUAUACUUGAUUUCAGAAUGAAUGGAUGUAAAUAGCAAUUAAAUGCAACUUUGAACAAAUGUA